GACUAGCGUUGCGAGACAGAGCAUAUAUCGUCGCAACAUCGUUUUUUCUCCUAGUGUGGGACGAAAUGGCAAUCCAUCAACCCCUUCUUGAACCUCUCAACUCUAUAGUAUCGGCAUACCCUCCGCAACGGUCAAAACCUGUGCCUAUCCCCGCUUCCGAGCUCGAUACCAAACUGUCGCAAGCAUGGGAGACGUACUCGAAUGAUCCUAGCCUGAUCAAUGGCAUGGCAAAGAAUCCGGAUCUUAUCAGAGGAGUGCUGGAACUCGUCGGAAGAGAGCUUGUUGUCCUGAGCGUUAUUAAUGGCCAACUGAGUGAGCCAGAUGAGACUGCCAAUGAAAAGGAAAAGGUUGUUUUCCAGACGGCCCUUAAGGAUAGGCUGGAUAUCAUCUUGACUUUGUACGAGACUGUGCACAAGGCUUUCCAAGAAAUACCAUUCCUCGAGCCAGGAGCUCUUUUCAUCCCUCUCCUUGAAGAGCUUGUCGAGCUUCUCUCUGUUGGCACAUGGCGGAGUCUCUGGUCUUACGUGGAAUCCCGGUCCAAGCGGUUCACCAAAGACAUGCCUGCCUCCCGAGGAAAGGCUUUGCCUCUUUUGAGAACUAUCAAUGCCUUUCUGAGAUUCCUGCCCCGAACUCCGGAAGAUUUGGUGUUCAGAGGAAGAAUACAUCAGUUUGCGAGCUCGGUUUUCAGUGUGGCGGACAAGAGCGCGAUCAAUAUGAGAGGCGAUUAUUCAGAAGUGAAGACAGUUUGGGAAGAGGAGCCAGAGAUGGAGAAGAUCAAGGUGGAGGAAAAGGAGGAGAACAAGGAAGGAAAGAUGGAUGAAAGGGCUGAAGAAGGGGGCAAGAAGGAUGGCGAUGUGGAAAUGGAAGAUGCCGAGAAGAAGGACGAACACACAGAGCAUUCAUCCAACCAACCAGCAGAUCAAUCCAUGGAGCAGCCAACAGAGGACGAGCCUCCAUUGACACCGGCUGCGCUACAGGAACCCGACUUUUACUCCACACUCUGGUCACUCCAACAGUAUUUCUCCCAUCCACCUUCUCUUGACGGCCCAGCAGUAGGCUCACCGCCCAAAACACCUUUCCAAACCUUUCGUGAAAAAUCAGACUUUGUCCUCCCCCAGUUAUUUGAGCAAACGAGGAAGGAAAAGGCAAUGGCAGGUACGGACGAUGGGUUGGGGAAGAAGAGGAAACGGCAAGUCAUGGAAGGACAGGAUACAGGAGGCUUCUUCCACCCUAGGUUCCUGACAGGAAAGAGGCUUUUUGAGUAUGAGCUCGCCGACUCCUCAUUCCGUCGCCAAAUACUUGUGCAGUAUUUCAUUCUCUUCCAAUUCCUUCUCAACCUCACCCCGGCCCACGCUGGCAAGCAAGCCUUUACGGGUGGUAUGCCGAGGACGUUUAUGCUGGAGCAGGCGGACGAGCAGUGGGUGAAGAGUAAAAUCGGGGGCAUCAAGGAAGAAUUGAAGAACAUAGUUGGGGGAGCCAGUUUUGAAGAUACCGUGUUUAGUAUCAUUAGACAAGAAGCACAUUACGUUCAAUGGAAGAAUGAAGGAUGUCCAGAAGGCUCUUUCGAGAUCCCCGCACUUGAUCCCGACUCUGCUUCCGAGCCAGCGCAAGCAUGGGCAAAGCGCCUCAACCCGCCUGCGCCAUACAACUUCAAGGUCGGCUCACGCCCAUUAUCUAUGCUGUGGAACAAUGGGUUCACCAAUAUUAAUCAGCUGAAGAGACGAGAAAAGGCGACGACGGUGGAAGCGCUUGACGAAGAAAUCAAAAGGAUUGAAGAGGAUGAGGAAGAUGAUAAGGCCAUGGGUCAAGGCACACCCGAAAAGCUUGCCGCCAACAAAGAACGCAAGACAACAUCUACUUGGCGCGCCCUUCGUCUCGCUUCUCAUACAUCACUAAAAUUCUUCCCCAGCCUAAAAGAAAAGCGAGACGUCCAUCUGUUGCUCUCUACAAUCAAGAAGGCUCAGGAACCCAAAGGUUUCGCGCGCAAGGAAGCCGGAGAGGGUGAGAAGGAAGGAGGCGAAGGCGAGAAUGAAAAUCCUGGAGAGGGCGGCGAGUUGGAAGAUGAGGAUGUGCAGGAAUUGAAAAAGGAAAAAGAAGGGGAAGAGAACGAGGAGAAAGAAAAGGAGGAUACUGAGAAUGCGGAAGAAAAAGGCCCGGCCGAAUUAGAAAAGGUAGAGGAAGAGGUAAAGGAGGAGCCGAUUGUUGACGGAACAAAAGUACAAGAAGUGGGUGAAGAAAAAGAAGAGGAAUCCGACGAUAAGGGGUCAGCAGAGGAUGUCGAGAUGGCCGAGAAGGAGGAACAAAACGUCGAGUCAAAGGCGUAUGAUGAAGUAGAAGCAACUGUAGUUUAAAUCAUCUGACAUGUAUUCCAAGAUUUAACACGAAAUAUCUCUAAUGUCC